AUGGACAUCAGCACGCUGUCCCUGGACCAGCUCAACCAGCUCAAGUCCCAGCACGAGCAGGAGCUGAACCAGCUGCGCGAGCGCCACAGCAGCCUCAAGCAGGCCGAGGGCCGCUUCCGCCAGUCGAAGGACGCCCUCGCCGCCAUCUCCAAGGACGACGAGGGCAAGUCCAUGCUCGUGCCGCUCACGCAGUCGCUCUACGUGCCGGGCAAAUUGUGCGACGUCGACUCGCUGUUGGUCGAGCUCGGCACGGGCUACUACCUCGAGAAGAAGAAGGACGACGCCGACGCCAUGAUCGACCGCAAGAUCAAGCUCGUCGCCGACAACGCCGAGAACAUCACGACCGUCGUCGCCCAGAAGACGCGGAACCACGAGGCCAUCGUCAUGAUGAUGCAGCACAAGAUGGCCCAGAUCCAGGAGAAGAAGGCGGAGUUCGACCGCCAGCAGGACCGCGGCGCCUAG